CGACGUUUGGGGAUAGUAUAAAUAUCUUCACUCUCGCAUUUUGUCGAAUAGUUGGCGUGCAACAAGCAAUGGAACGGUAUCAGAGCUCGUAGAAUCGGCUACAGUUUUUUCCGUCUCUGUCCACAUGAAGAGCGUGGCUGAUUGUUUCAGGCGGCACCGUUUCUCCCAUCGGAGUGACUUUCUACGGAAUGGAAAUUCUGCUGAGACAACCAGGUGGAGGCUAAUACUGCUCGGAGGGCCGAAAGAUGCUUUUAGAAGAGUGCAUGAUCAUGACAUUAUGUGUUUGAGCCGCACCCUGCAAUCAAAAUUCUUCUGUACUAGCUACUCCUCCGGUGUGCAUGAUGAAAAGCCUUCUGCUGAGUAUGCAAAGUUGAGAAAAGAGGCCCUUGAGAGCCAAUUUGGACGUGCACUUGGUACGAAAAGUGUUUCUAUGUUAUACCAGUUUGGUCCAUUCUUGGCAUUGUACAGAGCGGCAAUUAUUUCAUUCCAUGUGUUGAAGCUAACUAUUUGGCGCUUCUUUGUUCAUGAUGUAAAUAAACGUUCGGUUAAGUUUCGUGAAGCCCUUAUUCGACUGGGGCCUUUCUACAUCAAGCUUGGACAAGCGUUAAGCACAAGACCUGAUAUACUGCCUAGUGUAUAUUGCCAAGAACUUGCUAAAUUACAGGAUCAAAUACCUCCAUUCCCAACACAUAUCGCCAUUAAGUCUGUAGAAUCCCAAUUGGGAAUGCCGUUAUCACAAAUAUUUGCUGAUUUUAGCAAGGAGCCUAUUGCUGCAGCGUCAUUGGGGCAGGUUUAUAAAGCUCACUUGCACUCUGGAGAGCUUGUAGCUGUCAAAGUUCAGAGGCCUGGGAUGUCCCAUCUGUUGACCCUUGAUGCUCUAUUAUUUCGUAUGAUUGGAGGGCAACUAAAGAGAUUUGCUAAAGCUCGGAAAGAUCUGCUGGUAGCAGUGACUGAGAUGGUGAGGCAUAUGUUUGAGGAGAUUGACUACAUCUUGGAGGGCCAAAAUGCUGAGCGCUUUGCUAAUCUUUAUGGUCACAAGUCUUCAAACCUUGAAGAUACCGAUGCUGCCCAUCCCAGUGGCGUCAAAGUUCCCAAAAUUUACUGGAAUCUAACACGCGAAACUGUUCUCACAAUGGAAUGGAUUGAUGGAAUUAAGCUCACGGAUGAAAGGCGUUUAGAAGAGGCCAAUUUAGAUCGCAAGCUACUAAUUGAUGAGGGUGUUUACUGUUCUUUGAGGCAAUUACUAGAGGUGGGAUUUUUCCAUGCUGACCCCCAUCCUGGAAAUCUGGUUGUUGAUAAGAGUGGCUCCCUUGCUUAUUUUGAUUUUGGGAUGAUGGGUGAUAUUCCUCGCCAUUAUCGCGUGGGACUGAUAAGAGUGUUAGUGCACUUUGUUAAUCGCGACUCGUUCGGGUUGGCUAAUGAUUUCCUAUCUCUGGGGUUUCUACCUGAGGGGGUUGACAUCCAUUCCGUAUCAAACGCUUUGCAGUCAUCAUUUGGUGAUGGGACAAGACAGUCCCAAGAUUUCCAGAGUAUAAUGAAUCAGCUGUAUGAUGUCAUGUACGAGUUCAAUUUCUCUCUUCCUCCGGAUUAUGCGCUGGUGGUCAGAGCCUUAGGAUCACUUGAAGGAACUGCAAAAGUUUUAGAUCCUGAUUUCAAAGUUGUUGAGAGUGCAUAUCCAUUUGUCAUUGGUAGGCUAUUGUCGGACGCAAGUCCCGAUAUGAGGAAGAUUUUGGGACAACUUCUUAUACGGAAUGACGGCUCUAUCAGAUGGAAUCGGUUAGAGAAACUGGUUGCUGCAAUAUCACAUCAAGGUUCUGAAGCCGAUGGGGCUUCUUCUAAACCUGAAAGAACUUCAGAUCCUUUGGGAUGGAGGUCAUUCAACAUGAAUUCUGUUGCUGCAGCUACAGAGGAUCUUUUCAAAUUUAUAUUGUCUAAGAAAGGUUCCAGGGUUCGCGUUUUUCUUAUCAGAGACAUAAUUGCGGCAGCUGAUACUUUUCUUGACCACGAAGUUAUUUCCUGCUUUGCCGAAGAAAAUUUAAAAGCAGGAAAGCAGCAAUCUGAGGACGAGGCGAUGCUGUUGAGAGUGGUGAAUGGUCUCAAAUCUUUUAGAAAGGCGGUGGUUUUAGCUCCCGGCGUAUGGACAGCUAUGGCUCUACGGCUGGCAGCCGAGCCGGAGUUCCAGAGGUUUGCCUGCGACACAGUGUCAGCACUGUUGGCACACUCUCGCAAUAAAGUGCCGUCGACGCUGUGGAUUUGGAUAUCAAAGAUAUCUCAUAAGGUAACUAAGGAUGAUCCCUCCUCAAAUUUGUAGUGUCUCGCUUAUUACUAUUACUAGGUUUUUUGCCUGCCUUACAUUGUUUUGUUACUACUACUAGAAUUGACAUAAAAUAGACUUGGAUAUUCAAUACAAAUAAAUACAUGCUCAAUGGUCAUUAGGAAAAGAGAAUUUUUUAAAUUUGAACAAAUAAUAGUAAGUAUGAAUACACUGAAUAUGAUUUGAUUUAUAAAUUUUAAAGAAGAGGAAAAAGAGGAAAAUUAAGGGAGUAU